UAGGUCUGGUGUAGCGAGCCCACACAUUGUUUCCCUCCUUCAAUUCAAAGCCCUUCUUCCGUUUCAGUUUCACCUUCAUUUCGUUGCUGCUAAAACCGCUACCUGCAGAGGCUCCACCACACUCAUAGCGUUCGGAUUCACUUUCAAAGAAUUGAAUACUGUUUUUCCGAAAUCUCUCUGUUAGCUUGAAUAAAUAGACAUGUCUGAGACUGAGGUAAAUCCAACUAUCAGCAAGUCAACUGGAUUGCCUCGGAAGCGCUUCUAUAGAGCACGAGCACACAGCAAUCCACUGAGUGACUCUCACUUCCCUGUGCCAAUAUCACCCAGCCAUGUUGACUAUUCCCUCCAUUACCCUCAGUUAUUUCCCUCGUCUGGUCAAGCUGAUAGUUCCAAAAAGAUCCAGUUUGCUGAUGUUGGUUGUGGUUUUGGAGGGCUGCUCAUAAGUCUUUCCACUUUGUUCCCAGAAACAUUGAUGAUUGGAAUGGAACUUAGAGACAAAGUGACUGAGUACGUCAAGGAACGAAUUUUAUCUUUAAGGGUAGCAAAUCCAGGUAAAUACCAAAAUGUUUCUGUGGUGCGAACUAACUCCAUGAAAUAUAUUCCCAAUUACUUUGAGAAAGGACAGCUCUCAAAGAUGUUUUUCUUGUUUCCUGAUCCUCAUUUUAAAGAGAAGAAUCAUCGCCGUAGGGUUAUCAGUCCAUUCUUGCUAGAUGAGUAUGCUUAUGUUCUCGAGGUUGGUGGAAUUAUAUACACGAUUACCGAUGUAGAAGAGCUUGGAGACUGGAUGAAGUCUUGUCUGGAGAAUCACCCUAUGUUCGAAGCCCUGACUGAGAAAGAACUUGAAGCAGAUCCAGUUGUGAAGCUUUUAUGUUCUGCGACUGAAGAAGGCCAAAAGGUUGCUAGAAAUGGGGGACAAACUUUCCAGGCUGUAUUCAGACGCAUUGCACCAUCUGAUCAAACAUCCUAGUCUUCUGCUGCCUUAUCUAGUGUGCAGCAAAUCAAAAGGAAAAAAAAAUGCUUGCUACAUUCUAAGUUUUUGGAUUUAUCCGGCUUCUUUAAUGGUAUAGAGUUGGCUUCACAACGAUCA